UAUUUCACUAGCGCGCCGCUGUUCCUCUAGUCCUCUAGCUUGCGCAAGCGUCGAGAGAAAAAGACGAGCCAAAAGCGCGUGUGGGGAACGGAAACGAAGCGAGGAGGUAGCCAGGUAGGGAUGAAGCGGCAGCAGCACCGGAAGAAUUACCCGAGCGGGAUCCGGUCCGCCGGCGGGCAGACCACGCUCCAAUCCUUCCUCGUCAAACCCAGGGUUGUUGAUGGGGAAAUGAAACCCUCGCCGCCGCCGGAGGUGCGGGAGGAGGAGGCGCAGAUCUGCCCGCCAGAGCUGCCGAAGCGGGAGAUCGUCAGAGUCACCAGGACGACCAUCAAGGAGAAGGCGAGAGCGUUCUCGUCGGUGGGUUCCGCGGCGAAGGACGAGGGCGGCGAGGCCGGCGGCGCGGGCGGCGCUCUGAGCGCCGCGGUGUUCAAGCGGUUUCACAGUUCAGCCCCUGUGGCGAGAGCGGAAGGCGGCUGCGCGGAGGCAGGGGAAGACGGCGACGACCUCGGCUUCGGCGGUGUCCGGCUGGACGUCGAGGAGAUCGGGGCAGCGAGCCGCCCCGAGCCCAGGAAUAAGCGGAAGAACCCCCUCGGCGGCAACGAGGACGGAGGCGACGCAAAGGCCAGGCGCGUGGUGGUUCUCGGCGACGAUCCGAGGCCGCGGCCGAGGCCGGCGUGGAGACGGGGGCGCGCGAGGCCCACCCGUGGCGGCGGCGACGGCGGCCGCCCCAUGUACAACCACUACGCUAGCGGCGGCGGCUGGUGGCACGGCGACAUGGAGGGCGUGGACGGCGAGGAGGUCGGCUGGACCGACGACAUGUGGGAGGGUAUGGGCUCCGUCACGCUCGGCGGCUUGGAGUGGCACUAGGCACUAGCCGCCGCCGCCGCCCGGAGCAGCAGCAGAACCGGCCGUUGCCGCGUCCGCGGCAGGCUGACGGCCAGUGAGCAAAACGCAAGACCCUGUUUGAAGGUAGGAAUUUCGCGGAGAAAAGUUUGAUUCCGCGUGGAAUCAGGAGAAUUCUAGUGUACCAAACUGGACCAAAAUGAUCGACCUCAACAUGUUUCAUGAGAAUGAUAAGUGUUAAAGGGGGUGUUUGUUUCA